GUUUGAAGCAAAUGAACUGUUGAGAUCGGAGUUCUCGGAUGCUGAUCGAUCGCUCGGUCAAUUACCGGUCGGAGCAUAUUAUAAAGUCUGAUCGGUUUCCUGCAUGAUCUUCUGAAUCUGACAACUGAUCAUCGGACCCUGAAGAUGAAGCUCGCUGCCGCUGCCGUUGUCGGCGCCACUCAGGCUGCUGCUGCUGUUUAUCCCCGUGCUGCGUCGGUGGAUUAUAAUGCUGCUCCCCCUAAUCUGUCCACUUUGGAUAAUGGCACUCUGUUCGAUACAUGGAGACCCAAAGCUCAUGUUCUCCCCCCGUCUGGCAAGAUCGGUGACCCGUGCAUGCAAUACACCGAUCCCAAGACAGGCACAUUCCAUAUCGGAUUCCUUCACGAGGGCAUCGCCGGUGCUACUACCGAUGACCUCGCAACCUAUCGCGACUUGAGAGAAGGCGGUGCUCCCUCCAUCGUCGCGGGCGAUAAGAACGACCCUCUCGCUGUCUUCGAUGGCUCUGUCAUUCCCAACGGUAUCGGGGGCAACCCAACCCUCCUUUACACCUCCGUCUCCUACCUCCCCAUCCACUGGUCCAUCCCAUACACCAGAGGAAGUGAGACCCAAUCCCUCGCUGUCUCGUAUGAUGGCGGCCGCAACUUCACCAAACUCCAGCAAGGCCCCGUCAUCCCCAACCCUCCCUUCGCCGUGAAUGUCACUGCCUUCCGUGACCCCUAUGUCUUCCAGAACCCCAAGCUGGAUGCUGCCUCCAACAGCACCAAGGGUACUUGGUACACUGCCAUCUCCGGUGGUGUGCACGAAUCUGGUCCUAGUCAGUUCCUCUACCGCCAGUAUGACUCUGACUUCCAGUACUGGGAGUACCUUGGACAGUGGUGGCACGAGCCCACCAACACCACCUGGGGUAACGGUGACUGGGCUGGAGGCUGGGGAUUCAACUUUGAGGUUGGAAACAUCUUCUCCCUUGACGGUGAGGGAUACAACCUCGACGGAGAGAUCUUUGUUACUCUCGGUACUGAGGGUUCUCUUGCUCCUGUUACUCCUCAGGUCACCUCCAUCCAUGACAUGUUGUGGGUUGCUGGAGAUGUCUCCAACAAUGGCAGCAUCGCCUUCACUCCCACCAUGGCUGGUGUGCUGGACUGGGGUCUGUCGGGCUACGCAGCAGCUGGAAAGAUCCUCCCUGCCAGCUCCAAGGCUGCCAGCAAGAGCGGUGCCCCAGACCGUUUCAUCUCCUACGUCUGGUUGACCGGCGACGAGUACGAGCAGGCAAAGACCUUCCCAACCGCCCAGCAAAACUGGACCGGUACUCUGCUGUUCCCCCGUGAACUCAACGUCCAGACCAUCUCCAACGUCGUCGACAAUGCCCUCGCCCGCGAGACUGGCUCUUCCUGGCGCGUUGCCAGCGCUGACUCCGGCCACGUCGAGCUCAAGACCAUGGGCAUCAACAUCGCCAGAGAGACUCGCAAGGCACUCGCUUCUGGCACAUCCCGCGUGGAAUCCGGCCGUACCCUCAACUCCUCCGGCCUCAUUCCUUUCAAGCAAUCCCCUGAGAGCAAGUACUUCAUGCUCACAGCCAACAUCAGCUUCCCCAGCUCCGCCCGUACCUCGGACGUGAAGACCGGCUUCCAGAUUCUUUCUUCCGGUCUCGAAAACACCAACAUCUAUUACCAAUUCUCCAACGAGUCCAUCAUCGUCGACCGUACCAACACCAGCGCUGCAUCCAAGACAACCGAGGGUAUCACCGCCGCCAACGAGGCUGGUCGUCUUCGUCUGUUCGACAUUGCCCAGGACGGCGUAGAGAAGAUUGAGACUCUGGCUCUCACCAUCGUGGUGGACAAUGGUGUUCUCGAGGUGUAUGCAAAUGGACGCUUUGCAUUGAGUACUUGGGCAAGAUCGUGGUACACCAACUCGACCAACAUCAGCUUCUUCCACGACGGAGCUGAGAAGGCGACUGUUAGCGAUGUCACCGUCUCCGAAGGACUGUUUAAUGCCUGGCCUGAGAGGAAGUAAUGAUGCUAUAGCAUCGCUUAUGAUCUGGAUAAUAGAGAGAAAUAUGUUAUUGUAGAUCUCUCAAGAUUAGAAACUGAUAAUUAAUUAACACUCACACCCAAUCCAUGUAUACAAAUACUCAGCCUUCCAUCCUUCAAGCCAAGCCGACAAAUUUGAUUUCCAUC